ACUCGUCAUGUCGGUUCCUUUAAGGAUGUCGAAGUUUUGUAGUUCCUGUGAUGUUGACCUGUCAGCGUUGUAGUACAAGCUGUCACUGCUGGUAAUUUGUCUGUCCUUCUGGUGGCUGCAGUUUUCAGCGCAGCGAGCAGCAGGGCGUCGGACGCACAGGAGUGUUUGUACUCACCGUUGUCGCUGCCGUCAGCUAAGCAGCGAGCUAACGGCUAAAGUUAGCUAACAAGCCCACCAACUUGACAGCUAGCUUGCUAGCUAGUACUUCGACGGUCGCUAGCAGCGUUAGCUAUCUUUCUAUCAGUUAGCUCGCCAGGCUGCUGCUGGCAGUAGGAGGGGAGGAAGCCGCCCACUCCUGCGAAGCAGCCAUUCCGGACAAAAAGAGUGAACGAUGGAGGCCCAAAGCUCCAGUGGGCUGCUGCUGACCAGGAAGAGAAGAAGAGAUGGCUCCAACGGAGAGACCGAUGAGGGCGAGAGGCUUGUGAAAAUCCCCAGAUGUACUGUGGGAUUGAAACACCCUGCACCUUUUGCGGAUGAGCUCGAGCCAGCCGAUGGUAAACCCUAUGUGAGAGUCAACAUGGAGGAGGCCAAGAGGGGAACGCCACCUGACAGACCAGUGCGGGUGUAUGCAGAUGGCAUCUUUGACGUUUUCCACUCAGGUCACGCUAGAGCUCUCAUGCAGGCAAAAUGCCUCUUCCCAAAUACACACCUCAUUGUUGGAGUGUGCAGUGACGACCUGACCCAUAAAUACAAGGGCUUCACAGUGAUGAACGAGGAUGAGCGCUAUGAUGCCGUCACACAUUGCCGCUACGUGGAUGAAGUGGUGCGAAACGCCCCCUGGACGUUAACGCCAGAGUUCCUCGCGAAACAUCGCAUUGACUUUGUGGCCCAUGAUGACAUCCCAUACUCCUCAGCGGGCAGUGAUGACGUGUACAAGCACAUUAAAGACGCUGGUAUGUUCGCUCCCACCCAGCGGACAGAGGGCAUCUCCACCUCUGACAUCAUCACACGCAUCGUCCGUGACUAUGACGUGUACGUCAGACGCAACCUACAGAGAGGGUACACAGCCAAGGAGCUUAACGUCAGCUUCAUCAAUGAGAAGAAAUACCACCUGCAGGAGCGCGUGGACAAGGUGAAGAGGAAGGUACGCGACGUGGAGGAGAAGAGCAAGGAAUUUGUGCAGAAGGUGGAGGAGAAGAGCAUCGACCUCAUCCAGAAAUGGGAGGAGAAAUCCAGGGAGUUCAUCGGCAACUUCCUGCAGAUGUUUGGCCCAGAGGGAGCUCUGAAACACAUGCUAAAGGAAGGAAAAGGCCGCAUGCUGCAGGCCAUCAGCCCCAGGCACAGCCCCGACAGCAGCCCCACCCGCGAGGAGCGCUCUCCGUCUCCCACCUUCCGUCUCCCCUUCUUCACCAAGACCUCCCCUCCGCCCUCGCCUCCGCCACACCACAGCGGGGCCCGCGGAUACCUCAUCAGCGAGGACGACGACGAAGACGACGACGAGGACGACGACGAGAACUAGAGCGCGUCCGGGUCCUCCGCCCUGUCGGCCCGCAGUCAGUGCUGCCAGUCCGCUGAGCUGUCGAGUAGCGUGGUUUUCACCGAGCUCCUGCUUCCAUUAUGUUUGGUUUUCUGUUUUAUUUUCGUUGUUACUUGGAUGUUUAGCACUUCAGCGUCACGUUAACCGUAACAACCAGUUUCUCCACAGCUCUUGUUUUUUUUUUAACAGCCAACGUUGUCCUCUUUGUCUUUGUGUAACGGUCAGUAAAAGUUACCACUAGUCACUUGA